UUUAUCUGCAUUUUGACGCAAUCGAUUUGCCAAUUUUUUCAAUGUGACUGUGUAAUGUGAUGCCGGCUUAUUAUCAUCCAAAAAAUGUAAAAUGUUACAUGUAUUUGUUAUUGUAAGGCAAUAGAAAAUUGCAGCCAUGUCUUUUGCAAUACUGUGUUCAUUCGUUAUAACUUUUUAUGUUGUCAUUUGGUUCUUUGACUCUUUUUUCAAGAGUUGUAUGCACUAUCCGUAUUAUGCAUUCUUGGAAGGGACUGGUUUAAAGAUAGGAAUACUUAACUUCACGUGGACAACAACUGCUUUCAACAGGUUUUUAUAUCGUUGGAGUAAAAAUUUAACUCGUAUUCUUCGCAAAUGGUAUACGUGUGGGUACAUUUUCACUAUCUGGAUAUUCCUACCAUUCGCUAUAUGGACCUUGCUUACAUUCAUAUUCGAGCAUUUUUAUGAGACCAUUCAAAUCAACAAUGUACCUGAAAUCAAGGCCAUGCUGCCUGGUGUAAACAUUCCAGCGUCAGAUUUCUGGGUGUACUUCUUAGCUAUAGGAUUUAGUACUGUAUUCCAUGAAUUGGGCCAUGCACUGGCUGCAGCUCAAGAAGAUGUGCAACUUAUAUCUGUAGGUGUAUAUGUAUUUACUAUAAUACCCAUAGCAUUUGUUCAAAUGAAUUCUGAUCAUUUGAACUCUUUAUCUGUUACUAAAAGAUUGAAAAUAUUCUGUGCUGGUAUAUGGCACAAUAUUGCUACUGCAUUUGUGGCCUUACUGUUGUUCUUUUCAGCUCCCAUUUUGUUUAACAUAGCUUAUGAAACAGGGAUUGGUGUUAAGAUAACAGGCUUCACUGAUGAUUCACCCCUGACAGAUGAAAGAGGUUUGAUACAAGGUGAUGUAGUUUAUUCAAUAAAUAGUUGUGAAAUAAAAAAUGCCAAUGACUGGAUCUACUGUCUCCACAUGGCCCAUGAUCGGUUUGGUAUCUGCACUAGUGCAGAAUAUGUGUCUCAAAAUGAUGAAAUCAUGAUGGAAACUAUUAGGGAAAAUGAUGUUGUUGAGUGUUGCCGUAAAGAUGAUUUGUACAGUUUUUGCUUUGAAUACAUGGAGCCAAAAGUAGUAGCUGACUCAGUGUUGCCAGGCCAGUACUCUUGCUUGAAACCAAGAGAUAUGAUCAAAGAGAAAUUCACAAAAUGUACAGAACCCGGUGGCUUCUCUUGUCCAAGAGGUAUGCACUGCUUGAGGCCUUCAUUGAACAACCACACAUAUUUGAUAGUCAUUGAAAGAAAGGACAAGGAAGCUGUUCUAUAUUUAGGGUUACCAUAUGACUUACACAAGACAGUGUUCAUUGACCAGUAUUUCCCAAGGAUGGCACUGUUCUCUUUCUUCUCACCCUCUCAGUUUGAGAAACUGCUGAGGUAUGUAUUCAUGUUUUCAAUGGGCAUAGGAUUCUUGAAUGUGGUUCCCUGUUAUGGAAUGGAUGGUCACCACAUAACAAGGAGCUUGAUACAAAUAUUAGCAAAAUACUUAAAUAAAAAUGGUGACUUUGUAACAUUUUUUACAGUAUUUACUGUGGUUGUUGGCACAGGUGUGACAGUGCCUACUUUAAUUUAUUUAUUCUACCAAGCUGUUACAUUAGGUGUAUACUAAUUUGUAUAAUUUUUAGUAUAAGUCAUUGAUUGCUUUGACAAAUGUAAAGUCUGAUAUUCUAGUGUAUGCUAAUGAACAAAAGAUUUAGCAUUCAGCAGCAAAAAUAGUAAUUUAUGCAUUUAAAUAAAAUGUCCAUUACAAAUUAGCACAGCUGGACUUAAAAAAAUUAAAUGACUUGACAUUUUUAUUUUGUAAAUAGCUAAAUUAUGUGAUAAGCUUUAGUAUAAAUUGUUUUCUUAUUAUCAUUUAAACACAAUUUUAGUUGUAAACAUGUAAUGAAAUAAAAGUUUUGUACUAUAAA